CGCUGCGCUUUGUGAAUGGUACGGCAUCUUCUGGGACACAUGACAGGUCCGCUGUCAUGUCAGCAGUCUUAGUCAUCCCCUGUACUGUGUUCGCAGUCUCUGGUCAUCCCCUGUACUGUGUCCGCAGUCUCUGGUCAUCUCCUGUACUGUGUCCGCAGUCUCCGUUCAUCUCCUGUACUGUGUCCGCAGUCUCUGGUCAUCUCCUGUACUGUGUUUGCAGUCUCCGUUCAUCCCCUGUACCGUGUCCGCAGUCUCCGGUCAUCUCCUGUACUGUGUCCGCAGUCUCCGGUCAUCCCCUGUACUGUGUCUGCAGUCUCCGUUCAUCUCCUGUACUGUGUCCGCAGUCUCUGGUCAUCCCCUGUACUCUGUCCGCAGUCUCUGGUCAUCCCCUGUACUGUGUCCGCAGUCUCCGGUCAUCUCCUGUACUGUGUCUGCAGUCUCUGGUCAUCUCCUGUACUGUGUCCGCAGUCUCCGGUCAUCUCCUGUACUGUGUCCGCAGUCUCUGGUCAUCCCCUGUACUGUGUCCGCAGUCUCUGGUCAUCCCCUGUACUGUGUCCGCAGUCUCUGGUCAUCUCCUG